GCUAGACCAGAGGAAUUAGAGAUGCUAAUAUUCAUUGGAGGAAGUUCCCACCUCCUUCUUUUUUGAUGAGCUGUGUUGAAAUUUAGACUCAAUUUUUAAAGUUUAAUUUAUUCCCCCCCCAAAAAAAAUUUGAGUUGAAUAGCAUUUCAGUUGCUUUGUUGCAAAAAAGGUACAUUUUUCCUGAAUGUACCAUAUUAAGAGUUAGUAAGCAAUCUUCCAUGGCACCUCCCUGCAAAAGAUUGAUGGUAGGGCAUAAAAAUAUGGAUUUCAUCAAAUCAUUCAAUGCCAAGGAAAUGAAUUCUGACAGAUACACGUCGUUAGUGGUCACUUUCUUACUUCAAACUUCCACUUGUUUGUUUGCAGAUUCUUCAACGGGACUUCCACGUUGAUGACCGCGACGGCCUGACAGAUAUGACCCUUCUCCACUAUGCCUGUAAGGCGGGCUGCGAUGGGGUUGGAGAGAGAGCCUCUGCCACCAAGCUUACGUCAUUGCUCCUGGAGUAUGGGGCCUCACCGGAGCUGAGAAGUCGAUGGACAGACAUGACAGCGCUUCACUACGCUGUUUUCUUUGACAUAGUGCCUAUUAUCAGACUCCUGCUGAAAUCAACUGAGUUCAAAGACCUUGAAUCCAGGUGUGGUGAGUUUGACAAUGGCACCCCUCUCCACAUUGCAGCGGCUAACGGCUGUCUGGAGUCAGUACGCUGUCUGCUGCAGCUGGGAGCAAACAGCCAUGCUAAGGAUACCCAGGGUCGCAUGGCUCUCCACUGUGUGCCGGACUCCAGUGACAUCAGCAGGCCCGGCUGGGAGGCCACAGCCGGUAAACUGCGGCAGCUGCUGCAUCCAGACUCACAGUUCACCCGGCCGAAGUACUCGCCGCAGAACUACGACGAUGUACCCAGCAAAGUGCUGCUGGCUUCCCUUGGAUUAGGGUUUGGCGACAGGGUGUACCUGGGUGACUCCAAGGCAGGCACGCUGCAGUUCUAUGGCACAACUCAGUUUGCUCCUGGAAUGUGGGCAGGGAUCGAGCUUGAUGAAGCGAUAGGGAAGCACAACGGAACAGUUGAAGGGGUGACCUACUUUGAGUGCCCUCAAAAGCACGGGAUCUUUGCACCUCUGUCCAAAGUGUCCAAGUUUGUGGUGAGCCCUCGUCCGAGUACGCCGAGGUCUGGCGGGGGAUGCACAGCCGCUGUUUAUCAUGGUAAAAUUGACGUCUCCCAUGUCUCACCCAAGGUUGAUACUGGGCUUCGAUCGCGAACAUUUUCUGCUGCUGGGAAGUUCGAGGACGUGUGUGUCGGUGACAGGGUCUCGAUAGCUGGUCAGGCACCUCGGCAUGGCAUUGUGCAAUAUAGUGGUUUUACACAAUUUGCUGCAGGUUGGUGGUAUGGAGUGGAGUUAGAUGGACCAGAAGGCAAGAAUGACGGCUCAGUCGCUGGCGUUCGUUAUUUCACCUGUAGGCCUCAAUAUGGGCUUUUUGCCCAGCCAUCAAAAGUUACAAGAUGCAAUAAUUCUCGGGAUAGUUCCAUCUCAAGCCAAGCUGUUGAGACAAAUGCUGCCGACAGAUGUUAAAUUCUCAAUGUUGCGAGGACAAGAAUUUUCCUUCGUUUAUGCAGUGGUCUGCAUGUGGUCAACUCGUGUUGAUAUUUUGUUAAGUACUGUUGCUAGCAAUGAACCAUCUAUGAUGAACAUUUCCAUAAUAUGGAGCAAAGGUUAGAUAUAUUCAAUUAUGCACAAAUUUAACUGAAAUAUUAAAUAGAAACUUUAAUAUUUUAUUCUGUUGCAAGUUCAUUCUGGUUUAGGAUUUCUGGUGUAUGUGAUUCAACUCCUAUAAAUUCCAAGAUGGAUCAACUCUUUGGCAUGCUUCCAAACUUAUUUUCCAUGACCAGCUCUGCUUUUUACUUUAAGUAGGCUGAACAGAACUGAAGAAAGGAGUUUAUUUUUAAGCAAUGGAACAGUUUGCUGUUCCUCAGGGUGCAUCGAUUCAGUCGUUAAAUUUCUACAAGUUUGAACCGGUCUCCUUUUGAAGUAAAUGUUACUUCAACAUUGUUGAUUCGAG